CGCCGAGCUGCCGAUCGGGUUUCCCGGCAGGCGCAGGCGGAAAAAGCGAGCACGGAGCUUCUGUCGCCAUCUCCGGGACUCCAAACGCCCCAGGUCUCUUGUGCUAUAUAGCUGCCUGGGCCUGCAGGAUGUUCCACGGGAUCCCGGCUACUGCUGGUGUUGGAGCCCCUGGGAACAAGCCGGAGCUGUACGAGGAAGUAAAGCUCUACAAGAAUGCUCGGGAGCGGGAGAAGUAUGACAACAUGGCAGAGCUCUUUGCCGUGGUGAAGACGAUGCAGGCCCUGGAGAAGGCGUACAUCAAGGACUGUGUCACCCCCAAUGAGUACACUGCAGCCUGCUCCAGGCUCCUGGUCCAGUACAAAGCUGCCUUCCGACAGGUCCAAGGCUCAGAGAUCAGCUCCAUUGAUGAAUUUUGCCGAAAGUUCAGACUGGACUGCCCACUUGCUAUGGAGAGGAUCAAAGAGGACCGGCCCAUCACUAUCAAAGACGACAAGGGCAAUCUCAACCGCUGCAUUGCGGAUGUUGUUUCGCUCUUCAUUACAGUCAUGGACAAGCUGCGUCUGGAGAUCCGUGCCAUGGACGAGAUUCAGCCAGACCUGCGGGAGCUGAUGGAGACGAUGCACAGAAUGAGCCACCUGCCUCCAGACUUCGAGGGCCGCCAGACAGUCAACCAGUGGCUGCAGACCCUGAGUGGUAUGUCGGCCUCUGACGAGCUGGAUGACUCUCAAGUUCGCCAGAUGCUCUUCGAUCUGGAGUCAGCUUACAACGCCUUUAACCGCUUCCUACACGCCUAAGCCUCACCGAGACAGGAAUGAGACUGAUGGAGAUGUGACGACUCAGCCCCCCAGUGUCUACAUCCGUCCUAGAUGCCUAUAUUGUCAGGAUAUCACCCACAAUAAAGAUUUGUCUAACCUUC